CCGGCUACAGUACUCGUCACUCUGGGGCGUUCGCCUUCAUUUGUCACGGGAUCGUGUUGCUCUUAGUGCGUGUCUUGUUCCUCCAUUGGCGCUGGAUAUCCCUCUGCUCCGUUGAGAUGAAAGUCGUCACCACAACACUUACAUAUUUCCUUUCAUGAGAAUUUAGAUUAAAGUAGUGAGGUUGGCAGCACUACGAAAAUAACCAGCGCGUCAUAAACCUAUGAUUAUUUACAGUAGACGUAGUUUCCCUUUUUUCCCCUUGAAUUUUUCGAUACUUAAAUGAGCCACCAAGCCACUGUUUGAUGCCAUAAAGCUUCUUUACCCUGAUGAUUUCGUGUUUGAAAGAAGUGUUAAUUUGUCAAUCUACUUAUUGAUCAAAACUUUAUUAGCUGUUUACUGAUUUUAAAUUUCGGACUUCAAUCUCCCAUAAAAAUAACUGUUAGAUUAUUAGAGGAAUUUUUUUCCUGAGUAUGCCAUAUGCGAUUGAUCACAGAAUAUUGAAACAGUAAAACCGCGAUUUUUUUCUUUUUUUAAAAUAUUCAAAGAUUAUUGUCACCCUCAAAGCGUCCGAUACAUCAUUGCCUUUUAAGACUCUACCCUCGACUGUGUUGAAUCUCACUGGCCAAAAUGGGAAAGAGCGAUAAGAAGAUAAUCUCUCAAAAAUCAGAAGCUGGCACUAAUCUGGUCGGCAAAUUUACCCAAAGUGUUCGGAGAAUUGUUCAAGACGUCAAAGAUGAAGGAACUGCAAGCGGUCUCACGAAGGAGGAAUUGAUUGAGAUGAACGAGCGGUUCCGGGCGGUCCGUGUGCGUCUGGAGGAGUCGUACGACAUAGCGAAAAAAUCCCUCGUCGGUCUAAUGGCCAAAUACGGCGAGAGUAAAUCAACACGUAAUGUCUUCCAGAGGUACACUUUACUCAAAGUAAUGAUUAAGGAAGUAAUACGAUUAGAGACGCAGUACUGGACACUGGUGGAGAUUCCUCGGCAAGAGAAACAGGAGACCGUGCCCGCUUUUGUUUUGCGAGCAUGCACGAUUAUGGAGAAAACUCAGAAAUCUGGAGAGGGUGUGAAAACGGCUGCAAAACUUGCCGAGGAGGAAGAAAAGAAGAAAGAACGCCUGGAGAGACUUCAAGACAUGACAACAGCUCAAAUUGAGGCGGAGAAUACUCAAAUGACCAACGAUCUGUAUAGACUGUUAAAAAAGUACACCGGCUUAAGGAACUUAAUAAGAAAACUAAAGUCUGAGUACGUGAGCUCGAAAAUGUACCCAAUCUUCCCGCGUUACACGAUUUUAAAAGACUUAAUCAAAGCCAUCAUGCACCAUCCCGACUACAUGGAGGUUUGUCACGAGGUAGCGCCCGUCUAGCUGAGGAGGAGGGCGUCAUGUAUGACGUGACCUUCAAGCGAGAGUACAUAAUUUAUUUGUCGCAAAUAAAUUCGCUCAUCUUCUGUUUACCAGCGUGCAUUUCAGUUACGCCUGUGCCAAAUCAUUUGGCCAGGAACGUGGUCUCCGGGUCCAUGUACACACUGCCAGUGGCGAUUCUUGAAAGUUGGCAACACUGUUUUUCCUCCAUUUAAAUGUAUGUAAAACAAUCGAUUCUUGGUGAUGCCUGUCUCACCUAAAAUCGAUUUUUUAAAUCGAUUUAAAUGGAGGAAAAACUGUCUUGCCAACUUGCAAAAUCGCCACUGUACACUGCCCGAUUUGAAUCAAUGAGAAUGGAAUACCGCGCACUCGCACGCUGAGGUGCAGCAGCAAUUUUUAAUGGGUCUGUUUCGCAUUAAAAAUCCAUUGCCGUGCUAAGGAAGAACGCCGUAUGCGCUCUCAGGUGUUGCCAAAUUUCUCUUCAUAAUGUAGGAAUUUUUAGGGACAUUUGUAAAUAUUUUUCUCCGAUUUUCGAUAAGAUUUUAUUCGCGAUUGAAUCUAAAAUGUCUGAGAACUUCAAGGAAAGAAACUUCCAAAGUGCAAUUUUUAUCACGCGAAAUCUGGCAACCAUAGAAUUUUCAUACCGUGGUCCUCCUUAGCACGCCAGUACGGUUGGUUGAAUGUACUUUUUCCUGCUAUAAAAUUGCGCAUAACUCACUUUGAGCACAUUAGAGGUAUCUAAAAUUCAGGCUCUUGAUGAUUUUUUCGUACCUCUGAAGAUUAUAUCGACGGUGAAACUACCAAACCACGUAUCUCGGUUUGCGACGUCGCAGACUUCCUGUCAUACUUUAUUUUUUAAAUGA